UCUGUAUUUAAUUAUUUUAUGAAGCACAUCAAGAUUUUUGAUAUCAGUACGUUCAAAGUAGUCCAUACCUUAGAUAUGCCGGGUACGGUUCUCAGUGCUGCAGUAUCGCCCGAUGAUGAUUUGCUGGUAGUUGGAAUGGCGGAAGGAUUGCUGUCAAUUCAAAAAAGGAAAGCUCCAAGAGAACCAAAAAUAAAAAUCAAACCAACCUACCGCUACAACCCGGCAGGAAAGACGUACCAUCCACAAAAGAGCGACUUUGUUGUUCUACACAAGCGAAAGGAACAGCUUGCAAGAUAUGACAAAUAUUUCAAGAAAUUUGAAUUUACAAAAGCUUUAGAUGCUGCAAUGAAGAAUGGCGUAUGUUUAAGGUCGCCAGAAAUUACAGUACGAGUUUUACAGGAAUUAAUGAAAAAAGGUGCCAUUAAGGCAGCACUAGCAUGUCGUAGUGAUCUGUCUGUAGGGUAUAUCAUCCAGUUUAUAAAGAGAAAUAUAAGUAAGCCAUCUUUUCAACCAAUAUUGUUAGAUGUUGCAAACUUAUUAUUAGAUUUAUACGCAGACCAAGUGGGACAAAGCCCCGUGAUGGACUGUCAGUUGACAGAACUUAGAGACACUGUUGAACAGGAAGUGAAUUAUAUGACGGAACUCAGUGAAGUCAUGGGCAUGCUCGAUACAGUGUUUGCCGCAGCUGCCAUGAAAACAAACAUUACAUCAUCAGAAUCUGUGCCUUUAAUAACGCCCUCUGCUGGGGCACAAGCAGCCAACAUUUAGGAAUAAAAAAUUAUAAAUAAAA